AGUCGACCUGCUAGUUCCUUAUUUUUCAUCUCAUUGACAGAAGGCAAACAUGCAGUCUGUGCUUUUUGGGAGUUUAUUUCUUCUGAUGAUUUUAAGCCAUUUCCCCUUUCUAUACGGGGCUCCGUCUUUAUCUCAGUGCCCUGACAGUAAUUUGGGUAUCACUGGGGGCCGUUACAUCCUCUCCAAAGGGUAUAAUGAUGGUAGUAUACUGAGAUACAUCUGUCCAGAGGGUUUUUAUCCAUAUACUGUAAAGAAACGUUUAUGUGACAAAGGCCAGUGGGAUCCCAAACCUACCAAAAAACCUCCAGUGUGCAAGAAAAUCACAUGUCCUAAUCCAGAUGUUCUGGAAAAUGGAGCUGUGCAACCUGUUAAACCGUUCUACUAUGUGAACGACACAACCAAGUAUAAAUGUAAUUCUGAUUACACAUUUCGAGGAUCUGCCACCCGUGUGUGUCAGGUCAAUGGCAAGUGGAGCGGUGGCACACCAAUCUGUAGUCAUAAUACUGAUCACUGCCCUGACCCCGGCACUCCACCUGGUGCCAGCAGAGAAGGUCACAUUUUCGACAUUGAUGACAAAGUUACCUACACCUGUGCUAAGAAUCUAAAACUAAUAGGUUCCAAAGUGCGUGUGUGUCAGGAUAGUGGCGAAUGGUCAGGAAAAGAGCCGGAGUGUUAUGCCGAUUUCACAUACGACACUCCUGAAGAAGUAGCAGAGGCUUUUAGCAGUUCUCUAAGGACUACUUUAACCAUUAAUGAGGAAUCAGGUCAAGCUGGGAAAAAAAUUCGAUUGGAAAAGGGAGGAAAACUUGACAUCUACAUUGCUCUCGAUGCAUCUAACAGCAUAGAUGAGAAAGAUUUUAAUAAGGCAAAGAACGUCAUUAAGAAGCUCAUAACAAAGAUAAGCUAUUAUGAGGUCUUCCCAAAUUAUGAAAUCAUUAUUUUUGCCACAGAUGUAAAGCAUCUCAUUAGGAUUACUGAUUACAAGAGGAAUGUUGCUCCAAAGGACAUUCUUAAAUUGCUAGAUGAUUAUAAAUAUGAUGAUACAGGGAAAACGGGAACGAAUAUUCGCAAAGCUUAUGAAGCUAUACGUGGCAGUAUCAGUUUUGAGAAAGCGAAUAAUAGAAAAGCAUUUGAUGAGACACAGCAUGUCAUUAUCAUGUUCACUGAUGGUGUUGCGAAUAUGGGAGGAAACCCCACUCCUGUAGUUGAGGAAAUCAAGCAAAUAGUUUACAAUGGAGAUGUUGAGACCCGGGAUAAAUAUCUUGAUCUUUAUGCAUUUGGAGUGGGUGAAGAUGUGGAGAAAGAAUUAAUUGAUGCAUGGGUGACAAAAAGACUUAAUGAGAAGUAUUUUUUUGUACUCCCAGAUAUGGAGAAAGUUGAAGAAACAUUAGAUGAAAUGCUUGAUGAGAGCACUAGUAUGUCUCUGUGUGGACUCUACAAAGGCUACACUAAAGAUGACUUAUAUAGUCAAUCAAGGCUUCGUCUCGCAUACCCCUGGCUGAUAAAGAUAACUAUAUCUCAUGACAGUGGCACUUCAAACUGUAUAGGAUCACUGGUCACUCCCAGGUUUAUUCUAACUGCUGCCCAUUGCUUCAGGUUUGGUGAUAGUCCUGACAGAAUUCUACUUGUUGCACCCAAUGCUAAAGAUACCAAAUUACCAGAGGUGGAGAGGUACAUACCUCAUGAUAAAUACAAUGUCGGACAGAAGGAAGCAGAAGGAAUAUCAGAGUAUUAUGAAUAUGAUGUGGCGCUCAUUCAGUUAAAGAGUAGUGUGAAAGUCAGUCCUGAAAUCAGAACUAUUUGUAUUCCCUGUACUGAGGAGACGAAUGGGGCUCUACUACUGUCUGCUAGUGAUGGAACAUGUGAAAAACACAGGGAAGUGCUGCUGAACAGUAAUUUUGUGAAGGCACAUUUCAUAACACAAAAGUUUAAGAAUGAUGACAAUCCCAAAAAAAAUGUCCAAAUCAGACAAGGGCAUCAGAGAGAUGAAUGUAUUCACCAAGCUGAAAAGAUAUUAGAUAUUAAAAAAGAGACUGCAAUGAAGAUGAUUACGAAUAACUUUUUAUGCACUGGUGGAGCUUCACAGAACUAUAAGGAUGAUGCUACAUGCAAAGGUGACUCUGGCGGAGCUACAUUUGUGGAAAGAAACCGUUUGGUCCAGGUUGGAGUCAUCAGCUGGGGUCUGAAGGACACAUGUGCUGACGGUGGGAAUCCUUUAGACACCAGAGACUUCCACACAAACCUCUUCAGCCCAGAAGUGCGAGAUUUCCUUGAAAAAUACCUGGGCGAUGAAGAAAUAGACACACCUCUCCACUUUUUAUAAAAUUUCUAUUGAUGACUAUUUACAUUUUUUUUCUCAACUAGCUACAGCACAUAAUGAUUAGCUCAUUCAUAAAUUCAAAAUAACAUAUAUUAUUUAAAUAAAAAUUUGUAUUAUUA